AGAGCAAGCAUGGACGUUCGUUAGAGCAAUGGGUCUUGACCAAAAUACAAAAAAAAAAAAAACACACACACACACAGAGAUCAAAUCUGUUUCAGUCCAGCUUUGUUUCACUGAAAACAGAGUAAUUUGAAAAGGUUGAACUUUUUAAUAGAGAGAAAGAGGUGGAAGAUGUCUAGUGAGAGGCACGCUUCUUCCAACUCCGCACCUCCACAAGAAACCGCUAUGUUCCUUGAUAUACUGCAUGAGGCGCCGUUAUUUGGUCACCGGAAACCAAGGAGUAUCGUUGGCGGUGUUUUUUACUGUUUCAUACUGGCAGGUUAUGCAAUUUUGGCUGCAGCGGCUCCUUGGAUAUUUAGGCCUAUAGAGAAUUUCGUCUUACCAGUGCUUUGUAGCUGCGAUGUUGUUCUUCUAAUAGUCACAGGCAUUUUUCAACAAUAUCUGGUUUAUCAAGUCCAGAAGAUACGUCUACAGGGUUAUUAUAGUUUCAGCCAGAAGUUGAAGCAUAUUGUCCGUCUACCAUUUGCCAUUACUGCAUACGGAACUGCUGCAAUGAUGCUUGUCAUGGUGUGGAAAACCUACAUCAGUAUUCUUUCCACAUCUGUCAUUCUCAGGAUUAUUAUGUUGGUUGAAGCAGUAUGUUCUGGGUUCUUUAUGAGUGUGUAUAUCGGUUAUGUACACCAGUACAAUUCAUUGGAUUCUCAGCCUGAUGUUUUGAAGUCAUUAUAUUCUCCCCUUCAACCAUCAAGUCCUUUGGAAGAUUUGAGGUAUCAUGAUGGUGGUCGACUCUCUGACCAGCAAAUGGCUUUACUGCAGUAUCAGCGUGAAAACCUUCAUUUUCUGAGUGAGGAGAUUCUUCGAUUGCAAGAGUGCUUAAGCAAAUAUGAAGGAUCUAAUGAUGGAAGCACACCGCAGGUUGAUCUUGCCCAUCUGUUAGCAGCUCGUGAUCAAGAAUUACGAACAGUUUCUGCUGAGAUGAACCAACUGCAGUCUGAGCUAAGACUUGCCCGUUCUUUGAUGGCUGAGAGGGAUGCAGAAGUCCAGCGAGUUCGAACAACCAACAAUCAGUAUGUCGAAGAGAAUGAAAGGCUGAGAGCUAUUCUAGGAGAAUGGAGCGCCCGAGCUGCGAAGCUUGAACGAGCUUUGGAGGUUGAGCGGAUGUCAAACCUUGAACUACAAAAGAAGAUUUCAACACUAAGAAGUUCGGCACAUACAUCAGCUGGACCAAGCGAGCAGCAGGGAACCUAAGUACUUCCUACGGAAGCACAUGUAUAGACUCAUUGUUGACUACUCCCAACACUUGGGGGUGAAAUCAAUCUUUUUAUUCUGUGGUUAAAACAAACUUUAGGCCUGAUGACAUAUAUGCUUUAUUGUAGUUUCUUUGAUUUUUUUUUCACUUUUUCCCCUUGAUUUCUUUCGCUUAGGGGAAGGAGUGGUUCUGGCAAUGUUCUGGGACCUGUACAUAACUGUGUAUUCCCUUUUUUUUCCCCUUUGUUGGAUGCUGAAAUUUGAAUGAUAUCAGCCCAGACUGCCAUUUACAUUAAAUUUUAUU